AUAACCUACGAAUGAUUGCUGUCAACACCCUGAGCUGAUGUUAAAUCCAAAUUAGUGUCUAAUUAAAAUAUGCACAAUGAAAUGCUGCAACUACAGAGUUGUCUGUCUCUGAACGCUAUAUAAUGUGUGUCAUUUGAAAGCAGGGGGAUUUAGAGACUUUGGAGACACGUGCAGACAGCUCUCCUACUUUGAGACGACCACUCUACAGUAUGAGAUCAGAGAGACAGAAGAGGAGGAGGAGACGAGACACGAGGGUCAGCAUCUUGCCUUCUGAAGGGAGUUACAUUACAGAGCUGUAGGACAAACAGAGAACACACAGAGAGUUGUGUUGGCUUGACUCUGCAUCAUUUACAGUAUACAGUAUAAAUUGUAUAUUGCAAAAAGGCUGGAAGAGAAGCAAACAGAAAGAAUAAUCAGAACCUCCCGUCUUGAAUUAUUGAGGCAUCAUGACACAGCAGGUCAGUGGCUCACCGUUCCUCAAGCCCUUCUUUCUGAAGACGCCGGGCAGAGUUGUCAACCCUCUGCGACAGAGACGACACACGCUCCCCGCCAGCGAGUUCAGGAACCUCACGCCACAGGACGCCAUCAGUGUGUUUGAGAUAGAGAGAGAAGCAUUUGUCUCUGUGUCUGGAGAGUGUCCACUUACCUUGGAUGAAGUGCUUAACUUCCUGGGUCAGUGUCCUGAGCUGUCGCUGGGUUGGUUCGAGGAGGGACAGCUGGUAGCUUUCAUCAUCGGCUCUGGCUGGGACAAAGAGAGGCUCUCACAGGAGGCAAUGACUCAGCAUGUCCCAGACACCCCCGCUGUGCACAUCCAUGUGCUGUCAGUGCACCGUCACUGUCGCCAGCAGGGCAAGGGCUCCAUCCUGUUGUGGCGCUACCUGCAGUACCUGCGCUGUGUCCCGGGCCUCCGCCGAGCUCUGCUGAUUUGCGAGGACUUCCUGGUGCCCUUCUACCUCAAGGCCGGCUUCAAGGAGAAAGGGCCAUCAGCCAUCUCCAUAUCCAACAUGCAGUUCCAAGAGAUGGAGUACAUGGUCGGCGGGCAGGCGUACACACGGAGGAACAGCGGCUGCUAGUCCAUGAGCACCCUACUCCCCACCCUCCUCCACUUACUCACCUCUAACAUGGACUCAGGGCAGAUGAGAUUAAUAAAACACAGCCAACAGAUGGACAGAUAGAGGCGCGGAGCCAGUAUGCACCAGUGGACUCCAUUCACUUGUCAAAUCGUCAAAUCGUUCACAAUUCACUAUUGUAAUUUUCAGCAUUAAAUCUGGAUUUGUUAUGUAAAUACUCUUCUAUUUUUUGUAAACCAUGUAAUUCAAAAGGUUUGAUGUGAUUACUUUAAAAGUUAGUCACUUAAGGACGUAUGUUCUAAAAACGCUUGGAUUGUCAAUUGAAUAUUUGUAGCAGAUAUUUGCUGUUUCUUUGUUGCAUGAUUUGAAUAAAACAAUCUUUGAGAGACA